GUCAGGACAAUUCUUUUUCAUCUCUCGAUGAUUCAUUACCUUGUCCUCGUCCUGGUAUUAUUAAUGAACGUAUUUCAUCAUCACCUACUGAUGCCGUAACGAUGAAAAAGAAACACAUUUUACAAUCAUCUUCAAAUUAUAAUUUUCGUCAAAUUGGUAAUCGUUCUUUCUAG